GAACAAGAGCGCCGCCAUGGUCAUGGAGCAUGGUCCCUUUUAUCCUGUAAACUCAGACAAAAUGGAUGACCCCAAUACUUUUUUGACACUGACUCCUGACGAUAAAUGGGGAUUGACGAUCGAGUCAUUCCGCUUACCGCACAACAUUGGCCGAUAUGUGAAGCCGUCCCCCAUCAGCCGUGGGACCACGCCCAGCGAAUACGGCGAAGACGAAAGUCCAGCGAACGAACUGGAUUAUCUUCACCGUAUCCAACUGAGAUUUGACCAGAAGACCAAAGUCAAGGGUCGUGUCAUUUUCGGAAGUGAUCCUGAUCAAUGUGAUGUCCUCCUCGAAUCGACCAGACCACGAUUUUACAUCAAUUUCGACAGCGAACAACGGCCCGCAAUCUGGGAUCAUUCUAACAACGGUCUCACUGUCAGCUAUGACGGUGAGGCGAAAGAUGAUCUUCGCCAUCACUUCAAAUGGAUCUUCUUUCCCGGGUAUGAAACAAUCAGAGUGAAGAUACCCCUGCGAAAAGGCCGGGAGCUUGCCUUUCACGUCCACCUCCCUCAGCAUUAUAUGACAAAUCGGGAAGAUUAUAAGAGAAAUGCAAAGAGAUUUAUGGACGGUUCUCCCCCACAGCAUGAAAUGGAUUUCUACAAUCUAGCUCUCCGCAGUCCAGGUGACUCGUUCGCGCCGAGUGAAUCGCUCAGUCCAAGCCAACGACCAAUUUACUUGAAGCGUGAAGAACUGGGCCACGGUGCUUACGGACGAGUCAGAAGAGUCCUGAACGCUACUACCGGAUUGGAAUCCGCUGGAAAGGAGUUUUUCCAUUCGAUAGGCUGGGAGCGUGAAAUUGAUAUCAUGAAAAACCUUCGACACGACUACAUAGUUAAAUUAAUCGACUUCAAGAGGGAUCCAGAACCUCUUUUGGUGAUGGAAUAUGAGCCGCUAGGAAAUCUACAACACCAAGACUCGAUCAGUCCGAUUGCGGUGGAAGAAUGGGUGGCUCUUCUACACCAGUGCUUGAGAGCUCUUGUAUAUCUCCACGCCAGGAACAUAACGCAUCGGGACUUAAAGCCUGAGAACAUCCUCGUACAGUCCAGGACACCGUUCUGGGUUCGAAUCGGCGACUUUGGUCUCGCCAAAGAAGAUAUUGAGUUGAGAACACGGUGCGGGAAUUAUCGAUAUUCACCCCCUGAAAUUUAUUCAAAUCGGUCUUAUACUAGCGCAGUCGAUAUAUGGCAGUUAGGUGUGAUUGUCUUGGAAGGUCUCUAUGGGCUCCCUCACGAUACACGACGAAAAGACGUGAAAGAGCGCGGCAAAAUUCAACAGCAAGCUUUCACCUGGUGCUCCCGUAUCAUCUUCGCAGCAGAGGACUGGGAGUCGGAUCCCAUGAUCGACUUCCUGAAGGGAUACAUGCUCAAAUGGGAGCCUUCAGACCGCCAGUCAGCGGCAGAGUGUUUGAGAAUAGCGCUGGAUAUCGGCCUGUUCGAUGAGACUCUCCUGCGGACAGGAAGCCUCACACCACGACAAGAACCAACCCAAAUACCUGAUGACAUUGAUGCAGAAGAUGCGUCGACCAUCAAGGAGCCCUUCGGAAAGAUUAGUGGCACAGCAGCGAGCCACGAGGGGCACACAUCGCAACCCGAGAAUGGCUCAACUAGCCCGGGAGAAAGACACAGCGACCGAUCUGUGAAACGCAGACGGACCACCAACGAUUUCGAUCCCAGCCUCAAUUUUCCAGGCUGGUCGUUUGAUCUAGGGGACGUUUCCCAGAUCACACCUAACGAGAGCUUGAAGGCAUUAUUGGACAGCGCAGACAAUGGUGCAAAACAGGCCGAAUCAAUCCAGGGCUCCAUUAAAAGCGAUAGUUCUGACAACCCUUCUGUCGCACCACCUCUGAAGAAGCAUGGGCAGUUUGUUUUACAGAUCUCGAAUACGCAUCGGGGCACUUUACGUAUACCAGAUGCUCGACUUAACUUUACCAUGGAUACGUCCGCGAAGGGUCCUUGGGUAGACCUUCCGACAGCACGCGAGUUAUGUGCUAUUGCCAAUCUUAGCGAAGACUUUCGGCCGCUUUUGACUUUUGGAGAAGCUCAAAGAGCGCAAGAAACCCCUAUCUUAUCUAAACCACUCCAGAUGGAACAGCGAGAGAUAAUCCCGAGCUAUACAGAGCUUAUCUUUGAAGGCCAUACAAUUCUGAUUCGAGAUCAGGAUUUAUGGAUAAACGCAAGCCAAGUUUUUCGAGCAGCAGGGUUUGAUGAACCCCCAUUUACUUGGCAGAAUCAGAAGUUCAACUAUCACUUGGUGGAUUCAUUAGGUGUGUUCGUCGAGUCCGAUGUCGCCAUUAAUUUGUGUAACCUUUAUUCACUUCAAGCCCUUGGCGCAGUCUUGCACGAAAAAACGCAAGUGAUACAUACUCGACAGGGCCAACGCUUUCGUCUUCUCGAAUGCGAUCAUGAUAUAGUGGCAGUCAGACAGGGAGACUUGAGUAUCAAUCUUACCCAUAUUGUGAGAGCAUCACCAGCGCAUCCCUCUCAUAGGAAAACCUUGGAGCAAUUCAAGCGGAGAUUCCCUUCUAUCGAGGUUAUCAGGGGUGAUGCAAAGAUUUCAGGAUCUUAUGCACACAUUUCUUUGGCGGUAAAUCUCUCUUGCCUGUGUGGCUUGCACGCAAUCACUACGAGACUUCUUAAACUGGCUUAUACUCCGGACGCACCAGUUGAAGAAGUUUGCGGCGACGAUGUACUAUGUUCGGCCCAAGAACCCGCGAACGCAUCACAACCUGGGAACGUACCAAGAGAUGUCCUGAGAGAAGAUGGACCAGGCUUUGAGUGCGCUGACGUUUUCGGUCCAGGGAUGAACUUCUCUGCAAUCGACGGGCAAUUACAACUCUCCCGGCGGUCGUUCAGGUUUAUGACGCCCUCGCCACUCUCACAGACGUCGCCACUCCGUAUGAGUCGUUUGCAGGCCGUCGAAGGGAUGAAAACGACAUUGGAGUGGGACAACCAAUUAGAGCUGCCAUCUAUUGUAUUGCCAUCUAACCAUGCCUGUUUCAAACCGACUGAAUCGAGAGAGCUGCCCGAACAUGAAUCAGGUGCAAGGCCAUCGGGCUCAGGUCAUGGAGUUAGGGGUCGGGUUGUGCAGACUAUGACGCAAAACGGGUUACAGGUCCUUCAAGAGCGACAGACACACGAGGAUACUUGUGGUCGUCCGGCUGCCACUGAAACCCCUCGCAUAAGACGCCGCAGAACAAGGUAGGAACGUAUCUCGUUCACGAUGUUGAUUUUACUUACAAAACUUGCUAGCAUUGAAGAUACCACAAUUCUUCUAGAAGCUUAUCAAAAAUAUCGAUAUCGUGGGGCGACUGAAGAGGAGCUUCAGGGUAUCGCGGGACAAACACAAAUGACGAUUGACCAAAUUCGUGUAAGGCGCUCUCCUAUGACGAGGAACAGAGACUAAAAUAAUGUAGAAGUGGCUCGAGAAUCGAAGAUACCGAGACCGAUAUAUACCCCGGAAUUGACGGGCACGAUUGUCUUAUCGCCAUUGUGAUAGUAAUUCUUGAUUUACCAUUCGAUUGUUGCAGCCGUCUCUCCAUCACUUUGUUAAGACACUCCAUGUGGGCCAGCUAACGCUGAUGUAUCCGAUACUGCGACAAUCUCCGGCGGGAAUACGAGUGGAAGACAGCGUCAACCUUGUAUAAUUCACUGCCUCCUUGUUCGUGGCUUGCAUAGAUAUCCGCGUUGGCUUUCGUUGAAUGGUCUGGAGUAUUCUUUCUUCUCAGUCAUGCGUGAAUCGGAACAUCCCCAAGAGAGAUUUGGGAGAGACUGCUGGGUUUUGCCGGGCAUCGAAGGCAGACUUUUCGUCGUCAGGAACGGGUGAUCUAUGAUGUAUACCAACUGGCUGAUCGUCAUCCGGUAUAUUAGGGUUGUCUAGGAGGAUGUGUGAAUACACAUAUAGCAUACAGAGUACUGAAUAAGC